AUGCGCGACGGGCGCGAGCGGUGGGCGGCGGCCGUGCCCGGCGGGCGGCCGCGGGCGGGCGGCGAGCGCGCGGCCGGCGUCCGCAGGAGUCUGGUCCUGGCCUUGGCGCUGGCCGUCCCGACGCUCAUCGCGGUGACCGCGGCGGCCGUGGCGCUGGGGGUCCGCUUCGAGGAGUGCGCGGGCCCCGAGGAGGGCGCGGCGGCGGCGGCGACGAGGGGGCCGGGCCGUCGCGGACGCCAGCGGGCGGAGGAGGAGGAGGCGGCGGCGGCGCGGCCGUGGCGGGAGAGCCGGCUGCCGGGCUCGCUCCGGCCGCGGCACUACGACCUCCGCGUGGAUGUCGGCAUGGACAACUUCACCUUCGCCGGCGAUGUCAGCAUCCAGGUGGAGUGCGUCAACGCCACCAGAUUCGUCGUGCUCCACGCGCACGCGCUCCAGGUGUCGAGCGUGUCGGUGACGGCCGACGGGCCGGGGGGCGGAGCCGUCCGCGUCCAGCGCCGCUUCCUGUUCCCGGCCAAUCAGAUGCUGGUGGCCGUCCUGCACCGAGAGCUCAAAGCUUCCCGGACGUAUCGCGUCAACGUCUCCUUCCACGCCGCCAUCCAGGACGAGCUGCUGGGCUUCUUCAGGAGCUCGUACACGCUGGACGGGGAGAGGCGCUACCUGGCGGUGACCCAGUUCAGCCCGACGCACGCCCGCAAGGCCUUCCCGUGCUUCGACGAGCCGGCGUACAAGGCCACCUUCUCGCUGAGCCUGCGCCACGACCCGCAGUACACGUCUCUGGCCAACAUGCCGACGGAGAGCGUCGCCGACGGCGACGGCUGGAUCACCCGCCGCUUCGCCCGCACGCCUCGCAUGUCCACGUACUACCUGGCCUGGGCCGUGUGCAACUUCACGUCCAGAGAAACGCGCAGCGACGGCGGCGUGGCGAUCCGUUUAUUUGCGCGGCCCGACGCCAUCGCCAGCGGUGCCGGCGACUACUCGCUUCACAUCACCAAAAGGCUUCUGGGCUUCUACCAGGACUUCUUCCAGGUCCAGUACUCGCUGCCCAAACUGGACUUGCUGGCGGUGCCCAAGCACCCGUACGCCGCCAUGGAGAACUGGGGCCUGAGCGUCUUCGUGGAACAGAAGGUCCUGCUGGACGCCCGAGUGUCGUCGGCGUCCUACCGGAUGGAGCUGACCAUGGUGGUCGUCCACGAGAUCUGCCACCAGUGGUUCGGCGACCUGGUGACGCCGGUGUGGUGGGAGGACGUGUGGUUGAAGGAAGGCUUCGCUCACUACUUCGAGUACGUCGGCACCGACUUCCUCUUCCCCAAGUGGAACAUGGAGAAGCAACGAUUCCUGACGGACGUCCUCCACGAGGUGAUGCUGCUGGACGGCCUGAGCUCCUCUCACGCCAUCUCGCAGGAGGUGCGGGACGCCGCCGACAUUCAUCGCGUUUUCGACUGGAUCGCCUACAAAAAAGGGGCGGCGCUGAUUCGGAUGCUGGCCAACGUGAUGGGACAGAGAGUCUUCCGGAAAGGACUCAACGCUUAUCUGCUGAGCCACAUGUACGGCAACGCGGCGCGCGACGACCUGUGGAGGAAACUGUCUGAGGCCAUGCGGUCAGAGGGGCGGGACGUCGACGUCGGCGCCGUGAUGGACGGGUGGACGCUACAAAUGGGCUACCCCGUCGUCACCGUCAGCAAGAGCCGAUCGGAGCGCCCGGCUACGCGUUACGUCACGGUCAGCCAGGAGCGCUUCCUGUACGGCCAGGGCGGGAGGGGCAACAGCAGUUUACGGUGGCAGGUGCCCUUGACGGUUGCCAUGGGAAACGGGUCCCGGGUGUGCUCCGAGACGCUCAUCUGGAUCCACAACAAGACCGAAACUCACCGGGUGGGCGAGAUGGACGACGGGACCUGGUUGCUCGGCAACGUCAACCAGACGGGAUACUUCCGCGUCAACUACGACCUCCAAAACUGGAACUUGCUGAUUCGGCAGCUGCGCGCCGACCCUCAGGUCAUCUCCGUCGGCAACCGUGCGGGACUCAUUGAUGACGCCUUCAACCUUGCCAGGGCGGGUUACCUCCCCCAGGGCGUCCCGCUGCAGCUGAUCGGCUACCUGGCCGAGGAGACGGCCUUCCUGCCGUGGCACGCCGCCAGCCGGGCGCUCUACCAGCUCGACAAGCUGCUGGACCGCACCGACGACUACGCGCUCUUCAGCGUAAGCCCGUCGCUCGCGCGCCAGCCCGUCGCCUCCACUUUGUGUCUCUGUGGUCUGUGUUUGUGGCAGGACUACGUGCUGAAACAAGUGGCGUCGCGCUACCAUCAGAUGGGCUGGCCUAGCAACGCGGCUAACGGCGACGGCGGCGGCCUGCGGGCGUCCGACCAGACUGAGGAGCUGCAGCGCGAGCUAAUCAUGUUAGCUUGUAGCUUUGGAAAGAAAGAGUGCCACCGGCGGGCCGUUGCCUACAUCUCCGACUGGAUCUCCAGCAACAAGAACAGGAUCCCGCCCAACAUCCGCGACGUGAUUUACUGCACCGGCGUGAGCCUGAUGGACGAGGACGUGUGGGAGUUCAUCUGGAUGAAGUUCCACUCGUCCGACGCCGUCUCCGAGAAGAAGAUCCUGCUGGAGGCGCUCACGUGCUCCGACGACGCCUUCCUGCUCAACAGGUUGCUCAACCUGUCGCUGACGUCCGACCUGGUGGCCGAGCAGGACGCCGUCGACGUCGUGGUUCACGUGGGCCGCAACCCGCGAGGCAGGAAGCUGGCGUGGAGGUUCUUCCGCGACAAGUGGGACGUCCUCAACGCGCGGUACGGCGAGGCGCUCUUCAUGAACUCCCGGCUGAUCAACGGCGUGACCGAGUUCCUCAACAUGGAGGCGGAGCUCUCCGAGCUGAAGGACUUCAUCCAAUCCAACGGCGUGGAGGCGGGGCCCGCGUUGGUGCGGGCGCUGGAGGUCGUGGAGGGCAACGUCCGCUGGCACCGCCUCCACCGGCGGCACUUCUACGAAUGGUUGCGCGAGGCUCCCGGCCCCUCACGCCGCUAAGCCGACAGCUCCCAACCUCCCAGUGCACGGAACCGGAUUCCGACUGGUUCCGACUUCCUGAACGACAUAUUGCAAGCUGGAUGAAAUCAGUUCAGACCUGGAUUACAGAUGGUCAGAACUGGCGAUUGGUUUUGGAAUAUGACCCAGAACGGAACUACUUCAAAUGUCAAAUGCAGAUUAGAACUAACGCUGACGACAAACAGGAUUGAUCUGGUUUUGGAACUGGAUCUGCUCUAAUUGAAACUUGAUCCAAAUUGGUUAAGAAAGGAUGACAAAGUAAGCCAAACUUGUUUGGCAAUGGAUUGAAACAGGAUCCAAGUGUGUAUAUAACGUCAAACUGAUUUGAAACUGAAUCGCAACCUGGUACAAAAGUGGACAUGAAGUGAUUGGGCCUUCGUUGGCGUGCCCGCUGGAGGUCUUGGAGCCCCCCCCCCCCCCCCCCAACCACACGUGAUUGGCUGCGUCGCCCACCGUUCUCAAUCUUCUCACUUUCUGUCCCCGCAAAACAGGAAUCAAGAAAAGGUCAGGUCAGCUGGUGGCCAACGGGAAAAUUAUUAUUUAUUUGGAGUGUGCUCACAAACUUAGUCAAGCUAAGAAGGGAUUGGCAGCCCUUCAUAAUAAAAGCAUGCAUUUUGUCUCCCUGACGUGAUCCAAGUAAAAGGUCCUUGAAAGCAAACCCCGCCCACCUAGUCUGCCGCAGCCAACGGGCUUCAGAUCUGAAGGAGGGGGAAAAAGGAGACGCGACUAAAAUGUACCCCAGAACCUCGACGAGCACGCAUUGGACUGCAGCGGCAGAACUGGACCGCUUCUGUCGUCAACGCGGAAGAGGUGAUCGUGCUCGUUUGCUACCCGGAUGGGAAAUGGAUCGGAAUUUGUUUCAAAACUGGAGCCGAACGCAUUACCAACUGGGUAGAAGGCAAUAUCAAUUGGCCCAAGCUAGUUUGGAACUGGACCCAAACUAGAUCCAGAGCAACAACCGAUUCCAAAUUGGAAACAGCUGCCUCAAAAGUGAAUGGGAACUGAUUAGGGACAGAGUCCAAAGUGGCUUUACAAGUGGGUCUGAACUGGUUUGGACUUGAGAACGGGAUGGAAACUGGUUCGGAAGUCUGGAACUUGAGUUUGGAAAGCGGCCCCCUAACCGCCACCUGUAGACAGUUUGAGCCAUCCACCAGAUGGUCUCGUCACUCUCGCAUGCGUCCGUCCGCUCGCCUUUGUGUCUGGUCAGCAUCGUCGCCGAUAGUUUUUGUCAGAUCCUUACGACACCUUUCAGGGCUUCCCAGAAUAAGAGCGAGCGCACGCAGAUGAGUCGAGAAUUUGCAUCCGUUUCCAUUCCAAAUGCGAAUGAAUGAGGAGUUCUUGACGAAAAAUGCGAGCUGAAGGGAACAGGAAGUAGUCCAUCAUUUCCUGGGCCUGCUUCCUGUGCUUUGCUGCCUUCUGAUCGGACAACAAUAAAUGGAACCGCUGACACGUA